CUUUUGGGAAAACUCAUCCACUAAUUUUUCGUACGGUAAAACAUCGACCAGUUAGUCGCGUGAACAUUUUACACGAGAAUAUAAGGUGAAACAUCGACCGUUUCGAUUUUCCAAAAAUUUUGGACGGUUGUGUGCGCUUUUUUUGCUCAUCUCCCGGUAUACCGAACUACCAUUUGUUGUUUAGUAGAUGUGAUUAUUGUCGUCAAUUUCACUCUCUCUCUCGUCGGCAGUAUCGUCAACACUAUAUCACACUUUCUCAUUCUUGGCUCUCAACAUUUUCAUUAUUUGUUUACUUCCGGGUUUUAAUCCCGCGUGCUUAAAAACUCAUUUAUUUUAAUUUCAUUUGUUGUGAAGUUUUUGGGAACACAGAGAAACUUGAUGAUUUUUCAAUGUAAUGGAUACUAAAAUUAUGUGCAAUAGCACGUGGUGGAAUUUUAAUUAAAAUUAGUUCUUUUUUGGCAGAAAAAUAUCCCAGAUUUACAUGAAUUAAUCGAAAAAUUAACAAAACAUUAAUGGACAAAAUAUUGAAAAGAAAAGACUAAAGGUGUAAAUGGUAAAUGCCAUUGACGAAACGAUUAAGUAUCUACUGUCAACGCUAAUGUGCAUUGAUUUGAAGUAAAUUACAAACAAAUAAAUGGCAAUUCGCUAGCAGAGAAACACAAAAAAAUAUUGCAUGUUGUCACGAAAAUGGUGUAUUACAGCAAUUUAUGUGCCAACGCUAUAUCAAAUUACCGCGAAGAAAAAUCCCAAAAAAUUGUUUUUUUUUUCUUUUAAGUGACGUGAAAAUAACGAACACAUACAAUUGUUAUGUUAUCCGAAAGUGAUUCAAAAGUCAAAACAAAUAAAAAGGUGCAGAAAAAAAGUAAACAAGAAAAAAUCGAGCAACCGAAAAAGCAAUCGACACACACGAGAUUCGAUUUUGGGGAGGGUUAAACAGAAAAAAAAUUGCUCUUUGAUUUUUUGUGCCAUUGUUUACAUGUCAAUAAUUAUACAUUCGUGCAGUGCAGUGGUUGCGAUGUGAGUUUUUUUUUGUGUGAGACGUUGAGAAAAAAAACAUAUUAUAAUAAAUAUAAUCGCGUAAAUAAAAAAAGACUUCAUCAAAUUGUCACAAGGGCGCAUUUGGAACCACGAUUUUUUUAAAAGGCAAAUUACAAUAUUUAUGAAAGAAACGUGGAUUUUUGUUUUUCAUUUCACAAUUAUCGAAAUAGAGCCCGGUGUGCGGCAAUGUAAUUAUUGCUUGUAAGCGGAAACGAAAGUGGUCUUGAGGAGUCUCCAUGGAAUUGGUGGUAGUUAUCGAAAGAACGGAGUAUUGUCGUAUUAAUGUGAAAAAUGAAAGAACAGUCAAAUGCCGGAAGUAGAGACGAUGAGUUAGAUUAUGUGAAAUGUCAUAAGCGUAUUUAUCGCGACGAAAUCGAUAAAUCAAUUUGUGUACAAAAGAAACGAAUUCAAAACUAUACGAUAAAUCGGUUUGGUGUGUGUAAUGGUCGAUAUGCUGACGGCGAACAAGAUGAUGAAACAUUAAUACGUGAAACACAGGCGGCGUUAAAGAGCUUAUCGGGCAAUUGGAAUGAGAAAAACCAUUCACAAAAUACGGAAGAAAAUUCGGUGUUUCAAAAUUUAUUCGACGAAAAAGCCGACAUGAAAACAAUGUCACCGAUAACAACAACAGCCGCAUACAAUGCGAAUGAAUCAAUGGCAAAUCAUCGCGAUUAUUAUUAUUUAAAUGGUAAACCAAAAUCAAGUGGUUUACAACAAUCGAAAAAACCGCGAUUGAAUGAUGGUAAAUACGACUUUCAUGAGUUAGUUGUCGGCAACACCACCGCCGCCGUCGCUGCUGCUGCUGUCACCAAUCAAACCGACAAGUUAACAUUGCACAGUGAUAAAAGUGAAUACGAGAAUAACAGUAGUGAAUAUCGUAGUGUUCAGUCAUUUUCACAAAAUUCAGCAUUCCAUCCGCCUUCGAUGUUCGAUAGCAAGAAAUCAAAUUCAUUUGGUUCAAUGUCUCAUUCGGCAUAUCCUUAUGCUGAUUCAAGCGGUUAUUCAACAUAUUCGUCGUUGGAUAUGAAUGCAUCGUCGAAUAGUUCGACGGAACGUGAACGACCGUUUGGUAAAACAUUUUCAAAAGACGAUGACAUGAGCACGGUCACCGACUACAAAGAAUACACAACACUUCAACCGGUUGCGGCCGGAUCAAAGGCGGCAUCAGUUAUUCAGGACGUAACACGUGACGGUGGCGGCGUUUCUUCGGUGGUUGUCAUGAAUAGCAUGAGUAAUGCAAGUGUACAAAGUACAACAACAUCGACAACAGUAACAGUGGCAACGGCAGCUUCGAACGACCGUACAGCCUUUCUUGAACGUCCAAUGACUGCUUUCUCACCUGGAAGCAGCAACAAAGAAGGUGCAAAAUGUCCGAUUCCUCAAUGUACAGGGCAGGGCCAUAUUACUGGAUUGUAUACACAUCACAGAAGUUUAUCGGGAUGUCCACAACGCGAUAAAAUUACACCGGAAAUGACAAACUAUAGCUCAAACGACUUCAAAAGUUCAUCGACAGUAUUUUCAGCGAAAUCCAAUCUCAGCCAAAGUAUAAAUGUUCUUCAUACGGCCAACGUUUACGGUGAUAAGGUUACGAUGAACAACACAAAAUUGGUGUCUGAAAGUGGCGACUCAAAAUCUCUAAACAACAGCAAUUAUGGCAAUGACACAAACUUUUCCAGCAUUAUGGGUGGCACAGCAGCGGCGGCGGCAGCCAACGUUAAAAUGGAACAUAUGAUCAAAAGUGAGAAAUCGAAAAGUUUCAGUGAAAGUGGUAGUAAAAAUGUGUGCAUCAACGACAGUAUACCGAAUCAACGUGCUGACAAUAAUGGCAGUUCGAUAAAUCAAAUGAAUUUGGGUGCAUCAUCGUCGAAUUGCUAUCCAAGUGCAAUGGAUACAUCGAUUGAACAGUCAAUGAAUAACAACGAUGAGCUAUGCUAUCGCGGUUACACAAAUUCAAAUGAUAUUUCGAGGCCGGCAGUACCUUUUGCCAAUGAUAUGAUGACAAAUCGAGCUUUGGUUGCCAAUUAUGAAUACUCAGCCGUUCGAAGCUAUGAAAAUGCCAUGAAUGGCAUUUCGACGGCGCCAACAUUUGAUCGAUACGAUAUGAAUUUGGGAAAUUUGUAUGCGUCAUCGUUGUCGAUGCAACGAUCAAAUCUAACAUAUCCAUCAUAUUUGAAUACAUUCGGUGCGGAAGAUCCAAAUCAACAGAAAUAUCUGCAUGAACAUCAUUUCUCGCAAGCGGGCAUGUUAAAAAAUGACACCGGAAGUGAGAACUCAACACCAUAUUAUCCAAAGCCAAUGUAUCACUAUGAUCCCGCAUUUCCAUUGGCUGGAUUUUCAGCGAUGAAUUUAAGUCUACGAACCGCGGCCGUUGCUGCCGCAAGUGGAACACUUCCAAUCAUGGACUUAACUUCGGCCAAUGUUACUUCGUCAAAUUUGGUCGGUUCGGCCAAUCCACCCAUUUAUUCGACCGGCCAACGACUACAAACCACAAUUUCGACGACAAAAUCAUCACGCACUCCAAAUCUCAGUCCACAAACAAAUAAUGCCGAACAGUCAACUGAUAAUAGUAAUCGAAUGUCAUUGAAUAGUAUGAAAAUUCAAUCAUAUUCUGGUGAAAAUUUCGCACCUAAUUCACGAUCUCCACCGGUCGAACCGGUCAAUUUAUGCAAUAGUCAGAUAAAACCAGGCACAUUUGCUGGCGAUAAUUCAAUUGAAACUGCACAAAAUCGUCCAUACAGUCGCGAUUCAACAUCCGACAGUAAUGCAUCUCCCUAUGUUGUGGACGCAUAUAAAAACGAUCCAAUGGGUUACAGUCCUCAUCCAAACUACGGCAUGAUCACGCAAACGGACUACACAACGGGUAGUAAUUAUGGUAGUUAUGGUUCGAUAGCAGCAUAUCAAAGUGCUGGCAAUUCAACGUUGGGUGGUCCAAUCGCCAGCGGAACAACAAAUAGUAGCAUUGCUGGCACAGUAAAUCCAUAUGCCAGUUCAGUUAUUGGCUCAUCGAAUGGAUAUUCAAAUGUGCUAUCGAUUUCAAGUGGUGGAAUUCCAUCGGUAUCAUCAUGCUAUCCAAUACCAUCGUCGCAACAUUUGCCGACUGACAAAAACUGUACAAAAGAGAGUUUAUUGCUAUGUGGUCGUUUUGAUCGAAGCCAUUUACAGCCCACUCAAGAGUUAAAAUGUCCGACAAGUGGAUGUGAUGGCUCUGGCCAUGUAACUGGCAAUUAUUCAUCUCAUCGUAGUUUGUCCGGAUGUCCACGCGCAAAUAAACCGAAAAGUAAACCGCGUGAUGGCCAGGAAUCCGAACCGCUAAGAUGCCCAAUUCCCGGAUGCGAUGGAUCUGGCCAUUCAACGGGAAAAUUUUUGUCUCACAGAAGUGCGUCAGGUUGUCCAAUAGCGGCUCGAAAUAAGAUGCGAAUUUUGGAAAGUGGCGGAACGAUUGAGCAACAUAAACAGGCAAUUGCAGCCGCUACAGCAGCUGCGGCUGCAAUGAAAUAUGAAGGAAACACAUGCUCAUCAACGGAUGGUGACGGACACAUGACCAACGCAUUUCUAACACAAAGAUCGACAAACGGAUGUCCAAUGUCAAUGCAACCGAGCGUAAAAAAGGAAAAAUUAGACGACGUUCAAAUGUGCUACUCCAAAGGAUAUUCGGAUCCAUUUCAUUAGUCGAAGAGACUACAUCGUGUGUAAGUGCUUGUAAACAGGAAAUGUAUAAGAAAUAUGAAUCUGAAGUAGUUUUAAUAACAAAAUGCAAUGUAAAUAAGAAAAUUAAUUUAAUUUCCAUUGAAUAAAAUACGGGAAAUAAUUUUUGUG